AUGGCCGCGCAGGCCUCCUACAAAGAUGGAGGAGAGGACUCUGAGGAAAGCAUGCAAAUGCCUGACUUUGGCACACAACCCACAUCAACACAGAUCACCAAAUCCGACCUGAAUGAAGCCUUAGAGAAUCUUUCUAACAAACUUAUAACAAUCUGGAAGCAUAGAGCAGACUCUCUACGAAAAUACAUCCAGGAACUUGGGAAAAGGACCUCACACAUGGAAGACAAAUGUGAUGAAUUCGCAACGGCACACAAUGACCUAGCCACAAAUAUGGAACAAAUGGUGGCCAAAAUAGAAACCAUAUAA